AUGAGUCAGCUAACAGGCGUCGGGAUUGUUAACUUCGUCAACGUGCUGCCCACGAUCUCUGAAGGCGUGACAAUGAGAGAAAAAAGGGGUGGUGCUAUGAGUAAAAUGCAAAAGCUCAGGAAGCGCUUGUCCCUUAGCUUCGGUAGAUUAUCAACAAAAGACGAAUCAGAAGUUGAAGGGGAGUGUCGAGGUCGACAAAACGGUGGCGGCGGCGCGCGCGGCAAACUACCCUACAACGGAUACUCUGAGGAGUGUCUCGACCGACUAGAGCCCAACGGCAACAUACCUAACGAUAAGGAAUCCCAUUAUGAGUGGAGUGGCGGUGCCGGUAACGGGGAGUACCGUGUCAGGAGACAGCUAUCAGUGUCUUCAGAUUCGAAGCUUUUAGACGAAGGAGCGAGGGAGGACGCGAGGGUGGUGAUGAGGCCGAAACGACCUCCCAGGCCCAAAUCUGAGGCAUUCCUUGGACCACACGACCAUUCUAGCAGACGCACCAAGCGGUUUAGUGCCUUUGGGGGUGAUUCCCCGUUCGGCAAGUCCGAAGCGUACAUAAAGCUGGAGCAACUCGGCGAGGGCUCCUAUGCUACAGUAUAUAAGGGAUAUAGCAAUUUAACACAACAAGUGGUGGCUUUAAAAGAGAUAAGACUACAAGAGGAAGAAGGCGCACCUUUCACGGCGAUACGUGAGGCGUCACUCCUCAAAGAAUUGAAGCACGCUAACAUCGUCACGUUACACGACAUUGUGCACACGAGGGAGACUCUGACUUUUGUUUUCGAGUUCGUGGAUACGGACUUAUCACAGUACAUGGAAAUGCACCCUGGCGGCCUCAACCGACACAACGUCAGGCUAUUCAUGUUCCAGCUUCUACGGGGGCUCGCUUACUGCCAUCGGAGAAGAGUUUUACACAGGGAUGUGAAACCGCAGAAUUUAUUAAUAAGCUCUCACGGUGAGCUCAAACUAGCAGAUUUCGGUCUCGCCCGUGCGAAGUCCGUCCCAAGUCACACGUAUUCACACGAAGUCGUCACACUCUGGUACAGGCCGCCAGAUGUUCUACUAGGCAGUACAGAGUAUUCAACGUCGCUGGACAUGUGGGGUGUCGGGUGCAUAUUCGUCGAGAUGUUGUGCGGAGUGCCCACCUUCCCCGGCGUCAGGGACACGAAUGACCAGCUCGAUAAAAUAUUUAAGGUGGUAGGCACGCCAACAGAAGAGAGCUGGUGCGGCGUGUCCCGGCUCCCGGGGCUCAGAGCGCACGUGUCCCGCUGGGGCGCGUGUCCCGCGCGUCCGCUGGCGGCCGCGUUCCCGCGCCUGCGGGACGCGGGGCGGGACGCGCAGCGGCUGGCCGCGUCGCUGCUGCAGCCGGACCCCGCGCGGAGGCUGGCCGCGCCCAGGGCGCUGACGCACGAAUACUUCGCGCCUUUACCGCAACGCCUCCAGCACUUGCCGGACGAGGUGUCGAUCUUCACGGUAGAAGGCGUGAGUUUACAUCCAGAAGAC